ACUAUGUUAUUGUACUGUCCCAGUUCAAUAGAUUUACAAACAUUAAUUGACUGGAGCUCUUCUCCUAUCAGCCACCAAUUUGAUGUCAUCAGUCCAUCACAUAUAUGGAUAUUUGCACAUGUGUCUCAGGGUCAGGAUCCCUGGAUUAUUAGCCUUUCCAGUUUGAUGAAACAGGAAAAUCUCCCAAAGCACUGUCCCACCGCAGUGAGCUAUGCUUGGAUGUUUGCUUAUACCAGGCUCCAACUGUUGUCUCCCCAAGUUGACAUAAACAGCCCUGUGAAUGCCAAGAAAGUAAAUACUGCCAUCAGCAGCGAUUCCUACAUUGGACUCUGGAGAAACUAUCUGAUUCUUUGUUGUAGUGCCACAAUGUCUACGCCAUCUUCUGCAUCCACAGGUUCCGUCAGGUGCUCCCCUCCUGAGACGCUGGCAUCUACUCCAGACAGUGGCUAUGGCAUUGAUUCAAAAAUAAUUGGCGUUCCAUCCCCUUCAUCCUUGUUUAAGCACAUUGUUCCAAUGAUGCGCUCUGAGAGCAUGGAAAUUACAGAAUCCCUUGUGCUGGGCCUUGGCAGAACUAGCCCAGGGGCCUUUAGGGAAUUAAUAGAAGAGUUGCAUCCUAUAAUUAAAGAAGCACUUGAAAGAAGGCCAGAG